CUGAUAACAAGCACAGAAUUUAUUUUGAUGAAAAGCAGAGAUUCAGAGUGUGAACAAAUAUUCAUAUAUGAUUUUUUGCCUCUGAUGUAAUAAUACUGUAACAAGGGGCCAGCCUAGCUUCGAACCAAUCGCGAAUCUGAUCGACAAAGAUCAUAGUGGGGGUUACUUAAGAAAUGUAUGUGGAAUCACGCGGUUACAUCCAUUUUGGCCCAUUCGAAUAUUAGACGUUAAAGUAACAACAUGACUGAUCAUACAGAGAAACUUGGAAAGCUCAUCAAUGAGGGAAAAACGAAAAAGAUUUAUGAACUUAAAGAUGAUCCUACAUUAUGUUUAUUGGAAAGUAAGGAUCGCAUAACUGCUGGCGAUGGUGCCAAGUCUCACUACUUGGGUGGAAAAGCAGAGAUCAGCACAUCAACUACUGUAAAGGUCUUCAAACUGCUUAAUGAAGCUAAUAUUCAGACAGCUUACGUUAGACCUGCAGGUUCUAAAUGUUUUAUAGCAAAAAAAUGUGACAUGAUACCAAUUGAAUGGGUUGCCAGAAGAUUGGCAACUGGAAGCUUUUUAAAAAGACAUACAGGAGUCCCAGAGGGUUAUAGAUUCAAUCCACCUCUACAGGAAACAUUCUAUAAAGAUGAUGCUAAUCAUGACCCACAGUGGUCCGAUCAACAAAUUAUUUCUGCUGGUUUCAAAAUGGGUGGCGUAGAAAUAACAAAGAAUGAAGUGGAUAUUAUGAAAAGCAUUGCUCUUGUCGUUUUUGAAGUUCUUGAGCGAGCCUGGGCUGUGUGUGAUAGUGCUUUGAUAGAUAUGAAGAUAGAAUUUGGCGUAGAUUCUGAGGGUAAAAUUUUAGUUGCUGAUAUAAUCGAUAGUGAUUCUUGGAGACUCUGGCCUUCCGGAGAUAAGAAACUAAUGAAAGACAAGCAGGUGUACAGGGAUCUAUCCACCGUAACACAGCAGAAUUUAGAAACAGUAAAACGUAAUUUCGAAUGGGUAGCAGAGAAGCUGGAUCAUAUCGUUCAAGCACCUAAACCAUUAGUUGUUAUAUUUAUGGGCUCUCCCUCUGAUGAACCAUUUUGUGAAAAGAUUGUAUUAACUGCUAAAAAAUUGGGUUUGAACCCACAAGUACGAGUCUGCAGCGCUCAUAAGGGCACUCAAGAAACUUUAAAUAUUCUCGCCGAAUAUGAAGGCAGCGGAGAAAAAGUAGUGCUGAUAGCCGUAGCUGGACGUAGCAAUGGCUUAGGUCCAGUACUCUCUGGCAACACCGUCUUGCCAGUCAUAAAUUGCCCGCCUCUGAAAUCGGACAAUAUCGAACGAAGUGUGUGGUCUUCACUUGAUGUUCCUUCAGGACUUGGUUGUACCACAGUUAUAUAUCCGGAAGCUGCUGCAUUAGCUGCGGCGCAGAUCCAUGCAAUGCACAAUCAUUUGGUCUGGGCUCGUUUGCGAGCUGAACAGCUCAAUAACUACUUAAAUUUGAAACAAAAUGAUAAAUUAAAAAAUCAUUAAUUCAGCAAUCAAAACAAAUUUAACAUACACAAUAAGUUACAAGUUUAAAUUUAACAAGUUACAACAAUUACAUCAGAAUUUAUUUAUAUUAUAUUGUUAGGAAGUUAUUCACUUUCUUGCUCUUCCAAGAAUCUUGUAAACACAUGGCAAUGCAAUUGUGAGAAAAUUGAUGAUAUACUCUUUUAUACUAUAUGUUUUAAUUUUUGUCAAUUUACUUUGUUAUGGUACUCUUGAUUUUAUAUAAAAUAUUGUCGAUUGUCAUCUCUUCAUAAUAUUAUGCAACCUAUUAUAUAACAUGUGCCAUGCAUUUAAAUGUAGAUUUAGAUAAGCAGUUUUAUGUUAACAUACCAAUUGUGUCAUAUAUGAUUGUAUCAUAGACUGCAAGGUAUAACUGAAUCAUAUCAAUGAUCACGUUAGCUUUUUUUGUAUACAGUCUUUUGUUAUUGAUUUUGGUAAUUUUUUAUUGGAUUCAAGUAUGUAAUAUUCGUCUGGUUCCACUUGAAAAAAUUUUCGAAUAAUGUGUUGUAUAAAUAUGUAACAUUAGAUGUUACAAUAUGUAAGAGAUGCUGUCUGAAAUGGAAUAAAUAUUGAAAGUUUCUAUAUACAUA